GGAUAUGCUACUUGUAUGCCUGAUCUGGUGCAAUGAACCAUGAGGCUUUAUAUAUCAAGAACCUUUGGACUUGCAUGGAAAAGGUGCUUAUAUAUUCUAAAAUCCCAAACAUUUCAACACAUUAUCCAUUUUUCUCCUGGAGCACUGUGCUUUCCUUUUACGUUCACAUAUUCAAUGACAUAGUUUAUGACCUUGAUGAUCUGCCAUGUAAAUGGUGCUAAACAUACAUCCGCCACUUUCACUUCUUUUGUGUGGACUGUUGCUUAUGCGAGCCCAUGUGUCUCGUUUGUACAUCAGGAUUGGAGUGGGAGAGGUGUAAGCACCAGCUACUAUAAUAGAAUUCUAUCAGGAAUAAAAAUGUGCAUAGUUGCCUUAUUCAGGCCAGUUAUAUAUAAAAAGGCAUAUGGUUGGAGUUGUAGGCACUUCCAUAAAUCUUCAAAUCUAUUGUAGCUCUUAAAGUAAAUUAAUUUUAGAUUAGAAUCCUUAUUGUUUUAGCUUCAAUUUUCAAGAUAGCUCUCUCUCUCUCUCUUUCUACCUUUUUUCCCCUCAGAAUCUUCUUAUUAUGUAUUUAUUUAGUUUUCUGUUCGUUACAACAGUUAUCAUGUUCUCUGAAAUGUUUGAUUUUUUCUUUUCUUAAAUUGACUUAGUUUUUGUGAUGAACUUCUUCAACUGAUCAUAUAUAUGCACAAAGGUCCGUAUGGAUAUGAUUUUCCAGAGCAAAAAAUGAAUAAUUCGAUUUAUAAUUCAUAAUCUUCAUUGAUGUUGAGAAAUUAGGUUCAUAUCUUCGAUUAUGUGUUUUUCUGUGAUCACUUUCUAAUCUCAUCUAGGUUUUCUCUCGUCUUUAUGUUCAAUGGCUCAAUUUUUGUGCUGUAUUAAUCUGCUUCCAGAAGCUAUGUCAUAGAUGUUUAUCUUACCGACCUUUGAUUUGUAUAAUUGAGUUCCCACUGUUGGGUCAAAUGAAGGAAAAUAUGACUGCCGUCUUAUUUAUUUCAAAAAUGAAGGCAGAUAUUCAAAGAGGUGUAUUAAGCUUCAUGUUUAUCUAAAUAUUCUAUAUAUGCAGGGCUCUUAGAAAUCUAUUGAUGUGCAAUAAUAAUAAUAAAAUGAUCCAGUCUUUAUACUCGGUCUAUAUUCAAACAAGGAGAAUGAAAUUUCUCUUGGCUGACCUCAGUUGGUUAUUUGUUUUAUUUGUGAUGUCUGACCUUGGUGCCUUGUUAUCUUUGCCAAUCCAAAGAACUCAAUUUCCUGGAAAAAUACACAUGGCCCUGGACUGUACCUAUUUAAGUUACUCACAUGUUUGCAAGAGGUUACAUACCUAGGAUCUGCAGAGUCCGAAGGACAACCAAAUCAGUGAAAACUUAAGAAUCAUCUUGCAAUAUUGUACACUGAUCUACUGUUUUUAGAGUUUCUGGUGCAUUUUUUGAUGGAAACUUCUGAGGUAGCAGAUGGAGUACCUAUUGUCAGUGUUGUAGGGUAUGGCUUCUGUGUCCCUUAUCCUGUAGAGUUAAUCAUCAAGAAGAAAUCUCGUGGGCUCUUUGGUACACGCUUUGAAGUACUGGAUGCUAGUGGCAAUCUCUUCCUUCAAGUUGAUGGCUUCUAUCGAAACUUCCAGAAGAAAAGAAUGAUGCGUGAUCCUGCUGGUUUUCCUAUCCUCACAAUGCGUGAAAAGGUACUUACGAUCAGGGAACGUUGGUUAGUUCAUCGAGGAGAAAGUUCAGAAACGAAUGAUCUCCUCUUCACGGUGCAGCGAUCUCAUGCUUUACAGAUGAAAACAAGGCUUGAUGUCUUUUUAGCAAGCAGCACCAAUGGAGAUAUCAGCAACUUUCAGGUUGUUGGUUGCUAUUCUUCUCAGUCUUGUAAAGUUUAUAAAGGUGAUACUUUGGUUGCAGAGGUGAAUCACAAAUUUACCUGGGGAAGUUUCUUGGAUGGUAGAGAAAAGUUCAGGCUGCAAGUUUAUCCAGGAGUAGAUUAUGCCUUCAUUGUGACAUUGGUUAUUAUUUUCAGUGAAAUUGACAUGUAACAUUGUUUAUCAUUCUUUUAAAGUCCAUUUUAUAUAUGUUUACCAGACACCUCUAUUAUAAUGUUUCUUGGAAUAUUAUCAUAUUUGUUCUUUUU